AUGUAGCCACAACAAUUUUUAGACUUAGUGCAAUGUGCCUUUUUUGAUAGUAACAACCAGCGUGGAUAGGCUGAACAAGUACUCCUGAAGUAUAAGGACGAAUUCACAGACGAAUUUCUUAUGUAUUGUGUAUCUGCAUUUGCAAAUCGCGCAAUUCAGAAUCGUCUCCGAAUUGCAUGCAGUACCUUAAUAAAACGAUUGGUUGGAUUGAUUCAUCCUUCGAAUUAGAUCAUGUGGUUGGCUUGUUCUCAAAACACUAAAAAUGAAGUAAAAAUUAAGUUCAUGGAAUAAUUAAUAGAUCCUGAACAUGAGAUUAGAAGAUCAGCUGCUAAUACUAUCAGUGAGAUUUGUGCUAUAGAGUUACCACGCUAGGAAUGGCCAGAUCUUAUCUAAAGAUUGACUACCAACUCAAAGCACAGUAAUGUCUUAGUGAAAGUGUCAGCCAUCAUGACUUUGGGAUAUAUAUGUGAAUCACUGAAAAACAAUCAAUCCUCAGGUAUUUCAGAGGCAGAUGCUACGUUGAUUCUGAUGGGAAUUUGCGUUGGGAUGGAUACGAAUGAGUAGAACCUGGAGAUUAGAAUCACUGCAAUCAAAGCCCUAUAAGAUUCACUUUACUUUAUGAAUAAUCUAUUCACUAAAUAAGAAAUAUUUACUUUUGUAAAAAACUUAAUUUUAUAAAAUGCCGUGUCUAACAUAUAAGAGAUUAAACUUAAGUCUCUACAAUGUCUAAUUGAUUAUGUUAAAUAGUUGUUUGCCUUCUUGCCUGUAUUCAUUUCAGAUCUCUAUUAAACUACUCAAGCAGCAUUUGAGAAUUAAGGAGAAAUCACUAUUGCAGCCAUAGAAAUUUGGAAUACAAUUUGUGCUGAAAUUAAAGAAAUCAUCUCCGAGAAUUCUAAUCAAUAAACUCCAGAAACCAAUUCUGUUGAUUGCUGUGUUUCAUUUUUUAAGAAAAACUAUGAAGGAUUCAUCAUUCCAUUUAUGCGCAAUCUGUUAUUGGAUGAUGGAGAUGCAGAAGACGAAUAUCAAUAAUUGUCGGUUUCAAAUUCUUCAGUUAAAGGACUAGCUUACAUAAUUGAAUUUGCUGGCAGUAGUACUUAUGAUUCUGUUAAAAACUUUAUAUAAAAUACUAUGACAAACUAACAAUGGGAAUAUAGGAAGGCAAGUGUUAUGGCUUUUGGAGCUUUGGCUGAAGUAUAAACUGAAGAAAUUGGGCUUUUGAUUAAAUCUGCUUUAACUAGUCUAUUUGGUUGUCUUGUUGAUUAAAAUAUCAAAGUAAAAAAAGCCACUACUCAAACUCUAAGUAGAAUAGCUGAAAAUUAUCCUCAGUGCUUUCACGAACAUGAUUAAGCCAACUAAAUGCUCCUCACUCUCCUGGAUUAAUUAUCUAAUAAAAUACCAAUAGUACAAAAUUUGGUUUGGGUGUUUGUCUACUUAACUGAAGGAUUAGCCAAUUUUCAAAAUAGUGUAUUCACAAAAGAGAAAUUCGCCAUUCUCUAACAUCUAGCCAGUACAUCAAUUAGAUCAGACAUCAAAAAUUCAGAGAUCGCACUCAUUGAUACUGCAUUUAUGGCAAUUUUAAAUAUCAUUUACAGUGUGACUGAAACUAAGUUAUGUAAUGAUUACUUGGUGCAAUUUUAUCAAUAAAUUCAGUUUCUAGAGAGUAAAAAUUAGUAUCCUGUUGAGAUCAAAUAUCAUCUUGAAAUGGGAUUAAUGAGUGCCAUGCAUGGAUGUGUUGUUAGAUUAGAUGAUUCCACAACUUCGGAGAAGUAAUUUGAAGACAUCAUGAAAACUCUAUCAAAAGUCGAUCCUAGAGUUAAGAAUGACUACUUUUACGUACUUUCUGGGAUUGCUUAUGCCUUCAAAAAGAAGUUAACCAAAUAUUCUACUUAAAUCAUCUCUGAAUUGAAUAAACCACUUUCAGAACCAGAUGACAUGGACAGUUUCAAAACUGCACUCUUCUGUUUAUCAGACAUUGCCAGAGCCAUGGAAGAGGAGUUUGUACCCUAUAUGAAUAUUUUAAAUUAUUUCUUUGGAUUAAUAAAGAAUGGCAAUUUCAAUAGGGAAUUGAAGAUCUAAGUUUAUAAUGCAAUUGCAGAUAUCAUAUUAGGUUUGAAAGAGAAGUCAGCUCCGUUUGUGAAUGAUCUCAAAGAUAUUCUUAAAUUAGGUUUCGCAGCUAGCAUAGAUUUAACAAAGAGCAAACUAAGUGUUGAUCAGGAUUAUGCCGAAAGGUUGAAAGAAACAAUGACAGCAUUCUAUACUUGUAUGUUACACGCAUAUUGUGAUCCGAAAACUCCUAUUUAUGAGUUGGGAGACACAGUUUAAUGGUUUAUCAUAUUUUGUUAAGAAAUGUGCAACUUAAAAUUAAAACCUACUAUUGAAUACGUAAGGUUAACUCUUUGUUGCAUCUUUGAUUGCUCUCAUUUCUUUUAAAAUAUAACUGACAUGAAAUAAAAAAUCAAAGAGUUUAUUACAAGUGAUUUCGUUAUUGAGUUAAUACGAAAACUGAGUUAGUUUAAUGACAAAGAUUAUCAAGACUGUGUAAGUUUUGCUCAGCAAUUACUCAAUGAUGUAUAUGGUUACUAAUUGAAAUUAUAUUGAAUGUUAUUUAAAUAUACUAGUUUUCAAUUGUAACAUCAAUCAAAA